CGACGCCGGCGUCGUUAUCGUUCCGUGACUCGUUUUAAUGACUCGGCCGCGCGAUGCAUACCGAUCCGUACGCCGUGACGAUCGGCGGAGUGUCCGACAUUAGAUGAUACGAAAUCCGGAAGGUGUCUGCCUGAGAAUUGUCCGUGGGGAUGCGUCGCGCUCCGGUCACCUCCGACGAUACUACCGAUCAGUGAAGAAGUUACAUUUUUACCUCUGCAUUUGAUUGUCUCUGACGCGAGUCGCAUACUGUCACGCGGUAGUCGAGAGAGAAAGGAAGCGAAAAGGGAUUAAAGGAAUAAAAUAUCCACAAGAUAUAGGAAGAUCGGUAAGGUAAGAGCGGUACGGGAGCAUUAUAUACUACGAGCGGAGUAUUUCGACAAGUUCGUGCGGUAGACGUUAUCGAAGAUCUUCGGCUGAAGCUCGUCCCGGGUUCUCCCGAGUCUUCUCGUUCCACCCUGAACGUUCACCGGCGGCUACCACUCGAGCGCCAAGAACGGCCUCGAUUUAUCACUCGAGUGUCAUCUCGCCGUGGGCGAGCAACGAGGGAGCCCGCCAGCGAGAUCGUCCGGGUGUCGAAAGUUCGAUUCUGGGUUAGCAGGAGCAGACCGAAGAAGGAGGAAAAAAUUAUCGCGAUACCCGUCCGGGGAAUUGAAUUCGCGCGAGGGAGAGGCGGAAGAAGCAGCGGCCAAGUGGUGGCGGCGAAGAGGUGGGAAAGUGGUAGCUGAGGGUUGGCGGUGGCGAAGGUGCGCUGCAACGGAGGAUUUCAAGCCGUGCCCCCGGCGAGAUACAGGUCGCCUGUAUAGAUCUAUAUGCACAGUAAAAUUGUGGCGACAGAAGAGCCCCGGCCGCAACGUCGCCGCGUAUCUGGGUCACACAGCCGUCCUCUCGGCGUCUCGCGUCCUGUUCUCCACAAUUCCGCGAGAUUCCCUUGACGCAGCGGAAAAAGUGAAGGCCCAUCGGCGAGAGGAGGACUCGGUGUGCUUCGAGAGGCUCACCAAUCUGGGAUACGAUAAGAAGUAACGGGCGUUCUCGUUUCCUUCCGCCGCGGAACAACGUAUCCGCCGUGUGACGCUCGCUGCGCAAUGUUUCGCGAUCGAUAUGAAUGAUACGCUGAGCAACACGAACGUAAGAUCGAAACGUCGCGGGAGAUACACGUUGUCGCGUGUCGCGUAAUUGUUCGCGAGAGAAAACUCGGUGGAACGCAGGACGGACGCGCCGCGUGUGAAUCGAGACGAGCGAAAUGUCGGGUACCUGCAGUGAGACGAAGUCCGCUGCGUUAAUGUCGCUUGUACGGGACGAUAGAUUGAAGAAGCACGAGCUAUUAUAAGUAUUAUAUCGUGGCUUAUCCCCGACGGGAAUACGUAAUGAUCGGCGCGGGUCAGUGAUUUGCGGCCGGGCGGAGAGUGCGAAUCGAGCGCCGAUACCGCUUUGCGGUAACGAGCUGUUACGUCGUUACGCGGUUACGUAAAAAAAGAAUCCACCCGGGGAUUCCCAUGGGGACAAUCCCGGCGGAAGGUCCGCGCGCGAGGGCUAUUAUCCGAGCCGUGGAGUGAGAGGGCCGCUUCCCUUCAUCUGGAACACGCCCGCGGCCGGGCUGGUAAAUAAUGAACUCCCGCGGUCAUUUAUCAAGCUCACCGCGAGACGAACGAAUGUUCGGUGUAUCGUCGUCGGGCUAAAUGGCAGGAUCCAACGCGAAGUACCGACUAGCACGGCUACAAGCGUCGUUUUGCUGGGAACCUCGCGAGAAGAUCACGUCCCGUUGACUGCGCCGGAGCUUCGCGGGACGAUACACGACAUUCACGAGCGACCGUCGUCGUCGUCGUCGACGAUAGACACGUGACGACGCGGAAUGUCAAGGUUCGAGUGAUUCCUCGUCGCUGCGGCGAGUCUUGAGCUUCGCUGAAAAGACGCCAGAAUUCAGCGCGCUUCCCGAUCGUCACCGGUGACGCGUUCGCCUCAGAGAUGCGACAAUCGGCUGAUCAGUGCGGUAAUAUCGGGCGCAAUCAGCGGCGGCGCAGAUAACGGUGCCCGAAGGGACGGUCGCGGCUUCAUGCGAGCGAACGCCGCGGACGAUCGUGAGAAAAGCUCAUACCUCGUACGUGGUGUCGAAGCGAGUGCCAAGCAACGAUGAGACGACGGAACAACGGUUCCUCUUGCUUCUGCCAAACGGCCAAGAGGAACGGACGCGCCGGCUGCAACGAAACUGAGGCGAACGAGCCACCCGGAUGGUGCAUUUACGUAGCGGUCGCGCUCGUCGCGGUCGGUUGCUACCUGAACGCGCUCGACUGCGACUUCGUGCACGACGACAUACCGGCGGUGGUGAGGAACCGGGAUGUGAUCGGUAAGGCGUCGUGGAGCAGCGUGCUCAACGACGAUUUCUGGGGCACGCCGAUGGAGAGCAUCAACAGCCAUAAGAGUUAUCGACCUUUCACCACCCUGACGUUUCGGUUGAACUACUUGAUGGCGGGUUUGAGUCCAAUGUGGUAUCACGCCACGAACGUCGCCCUGCACGCCGCUGCGUGCAUCUUGGUCACCAGAGUGAGUCUGGUGGUGGCGGCGCUUCGGCCAGGAUUCGCGGCUCUCACCGGGCUGCUGUUCGCCGCUCACCCCGUGCAUACGGAAGCGGUGACUGGCAUCGUCGGCAGAGCGGACGUUCUAGCGUGCAUCUUCUUUUUGUUGUCCUUCCUCGCCUAUCACGGACAGCAGACGGCUUACGUAUGGUCCAGCGUUUGCCUGGGCGCGCUGUCGAUGUUGGCAAAGGAGACCGGCGUUACUGUUCUGGCACUAAACCUUCUUUACGAUCUCUGUCGUUCCUGGCAUUCAAUCAAGAGGUCUAUUUUUGAAGCCAAGUGGAACGACGAUUCUAGAUACUUUUCAAGACGCGCCGCAGCACUGCUUGUUUCGUUUGGCAUACUUCUUGUGGUGCGGCUCGCUCUGCUUCAUGGUACUUUGCCGAACUUCUCCGCACAGGAUAAUCCGGCUGCUUUUCAUCCCUGUUUCCACGUCAGAUUGCUGACCUUCUGCUACUUGGCAGCGCUGAACUGUUGGCUACUUCUGUGCCCGGCUAUACUUUCACACGACUGGCAGAUGGGAUCCGUUCCUCUGGUCGCGUCUUUCUCAGACACCAGGAACCUGGCGACCUGUAUAUUCUUCGGCGGUUGUUUGAUACUCACGUACAAAGCCUUCACGGAUUUCGAGCAACAGAGGCAUCCGCCUCUUGUUCUUGGUUGGAUGUUCCUGGUGCUGCCGUUCCUACCCGCGUCCAAUCUCUUCGUCACCGUGGGCUUCGUCGUCGCGGAACGAGUUUUGUACACGCCGAGUGUCGGAUGGAUCAUCCUGAUCGUCUACGGUAUGCAGGUGAGCUGGACGGCCGUGCCACGGCGGAGAAGUUGGAUUACCACGGGAAUGGUGCUUCUACUCGUAUUGGGCUGUUUCAGAACGGUGCUUCGGAACAACGAUUGGACGUCUAGGGAAACUUUAAUCAAAGCGGGGCUGCGGUCCCUGCCCUACAAUGCCAAGAUGCAUUACAACUUUGCCAACUUCCUCAAAGACACGUCGCAACCGAACCUUGCGGUCCACCAUUACCAGUUGGCCCUCUGGCUUUGGCCAGGCUACGCCAGUGCGCAUAAUAAUCUAGGGACUCUCACGAUAGAUGAUCAAGCGGAGUAUCAUUUUCUAGCAGCUAUUCAUGCUCAACCGGGUCACGUAAAUGCUCACUACAAUCUCGGACGAUUGUACAGAAGAACGAACAGAACGGAACAGUGCAUCGAGAUGCUGAAGAGAUGCGUGUCGUUGGAUCCGGCUUAUGCGCCGGCGUUCAUAGUCUUAGCGAGGAUCGCGACUGGUCCGGCAACAGGCGAACUUCUGAGGCACGUGAUACACCUGCAGCCACGUAACCCGGAUGUUCUCGCCGAAUACGCUCACUGGUUGUAUGAGAACGGUAAAUGGCUGCCCUCGCUGCGCUACUAUUCCAGAGCCAUGGAGAUUUUCCCGUCGCACAAACCGUCGCUUAUUGGUACGCUCAGGAUCCUGAGGCUGCGAGGUCAGUGGUCCCGGGUGCACCAGCUCAUCAUCAGAUGGCAUUUGAUGUUACGAGCGAAACGAGGUGGUUUCAUCUAUCGCGGCGAUCUGUAUAUCCGCGCGUGGGAACUGCAAAGCGAGUCUCGUCAACGAGCUCAUCAGCAUCAACGGAAUCUCUGCAUAUCGGAGAACGGAUGUUCGAGGCCGCGCGUGGCCAGUGUAUCGGUGCAACUCGAACAAGACAGCAACAAGUCGGAGCAGCUGCAACGGGCUCCGCGUUGCAACGUCCGCGCUUGCAGACAGCCGAGGAAAGGUAAGGCGCGCGUGACCGCGCCCGCCCUACUCGUCCAGAAUCUACUGGAGACCCUUUAGUCCGCGCAAAUCGGGGAACGGGUCUACCUCCUGCUCGUUCGCCAGCUGACAACCACGAGUCGUAUGAGAUAAAGAGGAGGAAUGCUCCGCAGAACCUCGUCCGACGAUCGCCAGUGACGAGAAGAGGGAAGAAAGAGAGCGUGUAUGUGUGUGUGUGUGUGUGUGUGUGUAGGUGGGUGGGUGGGUAGUUGUGCGUAUGACAGAGAAAAAGAGAGAGAAAAGAGACAGUUCUACCAUAAUGGAAUGCCUGAAUAUUUUUCGUAUGCCGUGUUUGUGUGCUAUUAGGUCAUGCAAGCUCGCCCUGACCUGUCACGGGUCGUUUACGAUAUUGAAGUGGACGAAGGUACGCGUGUAAGGUACCGGUGAUAUCGCUGAUGUGUGUGUCCUUGCGUUCUUCGCUGUUUAUUCCAGCGGUGUUCGUCGAUGUCGUACAGUGACGAGUCGUGAUCUUUCUCGGAAACAACGUCACGGGAAAGACAGAAACGAUUGACCGCUGCGCGAAUAGAUUCGACUUCGAGCUCGAGGAUGGAUUCGGCAAAAUGUUAUCGAAUCCAGCAUGUUACUAAUCACUCACGCCAGGACGAGCGACGACGAUGCGCGGGUGAGAGAAUCGUACGUUAGAAUUGAAUUACACACGAAAUUAUUUUGCCACUUUUGAAUUCGUCGAAUAAGGAUACUUCAACGAGAGAGGACCAAGGGAGAUUCGAGCGAUUAAAAGCAUGUGCGACGGAACGACCGUACGAAUCGUUCCUCGCGCGUCGAUUAAUCGCAAAGACAAAGAUAUCGAUGCCGAGCUGCGUCUCAGCGCGUGUCUGUCUAUAGUUUCGAAACGUGAUAAUCGUAAUUGGUAAUAUAGUCACAUAUAGUACAUGACGUGUUUCUAUCAAUAUUCGCUGUAUCUCGUGUGUGCUUUCAACGUUUUUACGAUGUCUGUCCGGACAAAGACGCGACAUGGCACUGCCAGUGUAAUAUUAGAAAUAACCAAUCUUUUAUCAAGCAACACGUCGCAACAGAGAUUGAGGACUUUCUCCUCGGAAAAUAUUUUGACAAAAUAGCCGGACAGCAGGACGGGGUGGAUGGAGGAGGGGGAGGAGGACGGAUGCACAUUAGCGAAACUAUAAUCCCCAGAAAAGUAUUUAACGUUGGCGGACGAAUAUGUCAUUCGUGCUAAAAAAUGAAUCGAUCUCCUAGUCAAAGUGUCUGCUUGAGAGCAUUCGGUAUGUAUUGUCAAAUACAGCACACUCGUCGAGAUGUACAUUAUAUUUUUCCUGCCGCUUAACAUCGACAAGUGCGGAAGUUGUGCGCGAAAAAGAAAAACAGAAUCAUAGCGCUGAACUUUAUUUUUCUCCACGACAAUGAUCGUAGCGCGGAG